AACGAUGAACGAUAGAGUUCAUCCAACUAACGAAACACUGUUUUUUUGUCCCUCGACUUUUGAUUCAAUGAUGGAAAAGAGGGUUCAUCCAAGAAAAGAAACGAUGAACAGGAGAGUGUUGCAAAUGCAUGCGCGAGACCUUCCCACGCGUUGAUAGUAUUCUUAUUCAAAGAUUCCAUCCCCCUGCCAAAACAACCCCUCACAAUCCUCCAAAAUUUCAAUACCCACCGAGUGGGUGUCGCCGUUAUUUCGUUACUGACUGCAUGGUAGUUUGGUCAUCGACAGUACUACAAUCGAUUGCCAACCUCCAUGCCUCCCGCUCCAACGGUCCAACCUCGACGUCUCUCACUCGCUCAAUGAGUCGGAAGUGCUUCUCUCCUUGAAAAUUCUCCCUGUCGAUGGCCUUCCCGAUCCCUCAUACCCUAUCAAUUUUCUACAAGAAACCCUAGAACCCCCCCUUCUGUUUCUGAUUAGUUCCUUUUCGUUUCACUCCGGGGUUUCUUACCGUUCUCGGCUCGGGGUGAGAAUGAUCGAGAGGGCUCUCGAUAUUUUUGUCCCCUCCUGCUGGGAGAUCAAGGUCACGGUGGCCGCUUCGGUAUUCGUGUUCUUCGCUUACUUGUUCUUUACGUACCGGAGCGAGGGUGAUCGAGCACUCGCCGACAGCAAUUUGCCGAAUGCUGGCUGCACUGAUAAAGAUAAGAUGGGCCAAUUGAAAGGAUAUCCUCAAACUAAUUUUCCCUACUUAAUCAAGUUGGAAUUGUUGGCAGCUAAGAAUCUCAUUGGCGCAAACCUAAAUGGCACAUCAGAUCCUUAUGCUAUCAUUACUUGCGGUACAGAGAAGCGGUUCAGUUCCAUGGUUCCUGGUUCAAGAAAUCCCAUGUGGGGAGAGGAGUUCAAUUUUUCUGUUGAUGAGCUUCCUGUUCAGAUUAACGUGACAAUAUAUGAUUGGGAUAUAGUUUGGAAAAGUGCUGUUCUGGGUUCUGUGACUGUUCCAAUUGAAAGUGAAGGUCAAACUGGUACAGUGUGGUAUAAAUUGGAUAGCCCAUCAGGACAGGUUUGUCUCCAUAUUAAAACAAUAAAAUUGGCAGUAAAUUCUUCCAGGGCUAUGGAUGGUUAUGCUGGAGCUAAUGCUCAAAGAAGGAUUUCCGUGGAUAAACAAGGGCCAACAGUGGUUCACCAAAAGCUGCAGCCUCUUCAAACAAUAUUUAAUCUCCCUGCAGAUGAGGUAGUCAAGCAUAGUUAUUCUUGUGCACUUGAGCGGUCAUUCUUGUAUCAUGGUCGAAUGUAUGUGUCCGCAUGGCGCAUUUGCUUCCAUUCAAAUGUUUUUUCUAAGCAAAUGAAGGUGAUUAUACCAUUUAAAGAUAUAGAUGAGAUACGGAGGAGUCAACAUGCAUUCAUUAAUCCUGCUAUAACAAUUAUUCUUCGCAUGGGUGCUGGUGGACAUGGUGUGCCUCCUUUGGGAAGUCCUGAUGGGAGAGUCAGAUAUAAAUUUGCAUCAUUUUGGAACAGGAAUCAUGCAUUAAGAGCUUUACAGUGUGCAGCGAAGAACUUCCAUGUCAUGAUAGAAGCUGAGAAAAAGGAGAAGGCAGAGUCAGCUCUGCGGUUACACAGCAGCUCUGUUAGAGGAAGUAAAACACAGGCUAAAAUUCCGGAAGAUAGUGUUCUGAAAACUGGAAAGCUUCAAUCUUUUAUCAAGGAAGAAGUUUUAGUCCAUAUUUUCAAUGCUGUUUACCCAUGCACAGCUGAGCAGUUCUUUAAUAUAUUGUUGAAUGAUGAUUCAAAAUUUACAAACGAGUAUCAUACAGCUCGGAAGGAUACUAAUCUUGUUACGGGACAGUGGCAUGCUGCAGAUGAAUAUGAUGGUCAAAUCAGAGAGAUAAAGUUCAGAUCCCUUUGUAGCAGUCCAAUGUGCCCGCCAGAUACAGCCAUGACAGAGUACCAGCAUGCUUUUCUAUUGCCAGACAAGAAAUUGCUGGUGUUUGAGACUGUGCAACAGGCACAUGAUGUUCCAUUCGGAUCCUGCUUUGAGGUCCACUGUAGAUGGUGGUUGGAGACAAAUGCUGAAAACUCAGUUACUAUAGAUAUAAAAGCGGGUGUUCACUUUAAGAAAUGGUGUUUGAUGCAAUCCAAGAUAAAGUCAGGGGCUAUCAAUGAGUGCAAGAUAGGGGUGGAAAAGAUGUUAGAGUUGGCCCGUUUGCAUAUCAAGUCAAUUGCUUCUUCUGGUGGGACGGACAAUACCCCUUCCUCUCUUCCUGUCCCCCAACAAAGCAGCUAAUAUUUUCAGUGACCCCCAGGUUGGGUUUCCUAUUUACUCGUCCAUUUUUUUUGUUGUUUUAUCAUUUAUGAAUAGUAACAUAAUCAUCAAGCUCCCAAGGCCCUUGUGAUGGCAAUAGGUGUUCAUCUUUCUGUACUCUUAAUGCAGUGCACCCUGGCUCCUAAGGAGAGAGAACUGGCGAUGUAUGUUUGUGUAAUUCAUUUUUAUUUAAUGAUCAGAUCUCAGUUUUCAGAAAAAUAA